CCUUGGGACUGUCAUAUUGUGCGUAUCUACGUCUCGGGUAUCUACCUCUGUCUUACUGACCUCCAAAUCCUAGGCCCCAUCGCAGACGAACCAUACAAGCCUCCACUACGAAGCCUCCUAUUCCAUAUCAGCAACCAGGAUGGGUUCAAACAAUAUCAUAUUUGACCUGGAUGACAUUAAUAUGCCAACACAGGUCCAAUCUCACUAUCUUGGGUCCGGAAGCGUGUCGGCUUACUUCCGCGCCGUUCCAUCAGUUGUUUUGCACCCCCCUUUCAACAACUUCUCGAGCCUCUCCUGCGUCAUCUAUGAGAGUGCUGAGAAGCUGGUGGUUCUGAUCCAUCACAACGAUGUGGAGGCGAUGAACGGAUUUAAGCAGGCUUGGGUGUCCAGGUACCGAAGAUUCGGAGACUAUUGUAUGCUGACUCUCGCUCCACCUUCUCCGAAUGGUGAGCCUAUCGAAGUGAUCUACGAGUAUCUCGGGGAUAUUAUGCAUCGCAUCGAGGAGGGCGAGGAGCAGGGGCAGGGGCAGCAACCAGUGGACGAUGGACUCAAUGGCACCCAUACCCCCGACCAGGAUCCUGCUCCCGGAUCCGGCGGCGAGUCUCAGGGCAGCACAGGUAUCUAUCAGAAUAACGGAGACGCUUCCCAGGACAGCUCAGACGCUCCCCGAGAAAUUUAAAGUCGCCUUCACCGAAACUGAGAGGGCAGUUCCACAUCACCGUCAUCAUCGUCAAGGAGUAAGAAGUAAGCUGGUAUGCCCCCUCGCUCACACACAUACCCGUGCCUAUCUGGGAACCUGCCACUCACGUGAACCGGCGGCUAGAGCUCUGUAGGGCGGUGUUCUGUGAUUGGGCUUCGGAGAGGAGAAGAAAGGGCGGAGAAAAGACUCAACUCAUCGCGGUAUCGCGGCAGCAUUGUGGCAUCGCCGUCCUUCCCCGAUAUGCCCCUCGACUUCUCAUAUCGGGUCUUCCGCCUACUCAACGACCGCUAGUUGCAGGCAUUAGACCAAAAAAAAAUUUUUUUUUUUUUCUUUAUUUCAUUCUAGUAUGCAGGUACGUUAGCUGGGUUGCUGGUAUUAGAUUUGCUCAGGGUUCGCUGACGACACGAUCACAGACGGAAAUAGGUUUCGCGGUCAGCCGCGGUUAGCUGCUAAAGGGAUGAAGUGUUAGCAGAAGUACCGGCUGCCUACGCCAGUAUUCGGGUACAUUCAGGACACGUCUUUAGGAAUGCACAGGUACUGUUUGUAUGUAGGUGC